AUGCUCGACCAGCUGACUUGCGUGUCGAAUACACUGCCGCUGCAUUUUACGUAUUCCGAAGAACUUUACGACGUAUUCACCGAGCUUCUUCGGCCACUACCACUACCCGUCUUCAGAAACUUCCUGGCUACUCUGCCUCCGGAGCCCGGGCCUUUCCCUCCGCACUGGCACAUCGCUCUGCUCAUCAACAUGUUGCUGCCCUUCCUGGCAGCUCCGCCUCGGAAAGCCCAAAUCUUCAACGUGACACAGAACGACCUGAUCAAGCACUACCUUCCGCACGCUGCAAACGCAAAUUCGGCGGCCGAAAACGCAAAGAUGAGCCUGCUGGUCGAGCACAUAUUGUUUUAUAUGUUCAGCGAAGGACGAUUGGAGCCCAGCAUCGAGUUGACCAACGCCGUGGAAAAGGGAAUACGCGCUCGAGCGGUCAAAGCGACCGGCGAUGCUAGGCGGAGGGGCAAGGGCAAAUCCCCAGAGGAACAGGCCGCCAAGGGCGUACUCGAUAUGAGUGCUGAGCGCAUCAGAGUGCUGCUGGGAAUGCUCGAUCCUGCCACCAGCAUCGGUGGUAUUGCUGACGCGGACGCGAGUUUCUCGUCGAGCCAGCUUUCAGACCUCACUGCCACGCCUUCGGUAGACGACGAGGAAAACUGA